CUCUCCUGGGUGUCUACCAGCGCCUUCAGCCUGAUGCCAGGACGAUUUUAUAGUCCACUGUCCCGACUCGCAAGAAGCCAAGGCCUCCUCACGUGUGGACAGCAAGAGAGCAAAGAAACGAAAGAAUAAAACCCCUUUGUCAACUGCUCCCGGCCUGUCUGACACAAGAUGAAGACGCUGCUGUUGCUGUGUGUGCUUAGCACGCUGGUCGUGUUUUGCGUUUCGGCCACUGCGGAGCAAAAGUCGAAAAACUGCAACGACGUUCGUGCUGCGUACAGCUCCAAAGGCUUCAACGUCAACGAUGUUCCCAACAAAGGAGUUAAUGGAGCAUCACUGAAAGUCUGUCCGCAGGGUUUCUCUUGCUGCACUGUGGAGAUGGAAGAGAAGCUGAGCCAGCAGAGUCACUAUGAUAUCAAAGCCCCUGUUUCCAGGCUUUCCACCAAUCUACAGUCCACCUUUAGGCAGCGGCACGAGCACUUUGACAAGUUUUUCCGGGAACUGUUGAAAAAUGCAGAGGUCUCACUUCACAACAUGUUUGUACGAACCUACGGGAUGAUGUACGUGCAGAACGCCGAGCUGUUCAAGAACUUAUUUGAGUCCCUGACGCGGUACUACGUGUCAGGAAGCUCGGCUGUCAACCUUGAGUCAAUGCUGUCAGACUUUUGGGCCGACCUCCUGGAGAGGAUGUUCCGGCUGGUCAACGUGCAGUAUGAAUUCAGUGAUGCCUACAUGGAGUGUGUCAGCCGCCACACAGAGCAGCUGCAGCCUUUUGGUGACGUGCCUCGCAAGCUCCGCAUCCAGUUGAUGCGUGCUUUUGUUGCUGCGCGUACAUUUGUACGCGGCCUAAACCUCAUGCCAGAAGUGGUCAACAAAGUCUCUACGGUCAGCGCGUCUCCCAGCUGUGUGCGAGCGGCCAUGAAGAUGUUGUACUGUCCCUACUGCUCGGGCCAAGUGGCGCUGAAGCCCUGCCAGAAUUACUGUUUGAAUGUUAUGCGGGGCUGUUUGGCCAACCAGGCAGACCUGGACACAGAAUGGAACAACUUUCUUGAUGCCAUGCUAGGUCUGGCUGAGAGACUCGAGGGUCCUUUCAAUUUUGAGUCUGUCAUGGAUCCAAUUGAUGUGAAGAUCUCCGACGCCAUCAUGAACAUGCAAGAGAACAGCAUGCAAGUUUCACAAAAAGUAUUCCAUGGAUGUGGCCAGCCUAAACAGGUGGUAUUCCGCUCCAAACGGUCUGCCAAGGACACAGGCUUCACUGGCCGCUUCCGCCCCUACAGCCCUGACGCAAGACCUACCACUGCUGCUGGAACGAGCUUAGAUAGACUGACGAAUGAUGUAAAGAAGAAGCUGAAACAUGCCAAGAAGUUCUGGUCCACAUUGCCAGACACUGUUUGUGCUGGUGAGAGAAUUGCACCUGGUGAUGACUGCUGGAACGGAACAGCAAAAAGCAGGUAUGAGGCAGUUGUCAUUGGGAAUGGGCUGGCCAAUCAGGUGUCCAACCCCGACGUGGACGUGGACAUUACAAAACCAGACAUUGUGAUUCGAAGCCAGAUUGCAGUUCUGAAGGAAAUGACAAGUUGGCUGAAAGCUGCAUACAGCGGCAAUGAUAUCUCUUUUGAAAACGACGAGGAAGCCAGCGGAGGAGAGGAGAGCGGCAGCGGCUGCGAUUCUCCAUCCUGUGACACGGAUCGGGACAUCUACUUUUCCACUCCACCCAAUCCGGUGGAUCCCCGAGUUAAUCUGGUGCACAGUGAAUCAUCAGCUGGUUUCAAUUUGCAAGGAAGCCUGGCACUGGCGCUCUGCGGGCUGGGUCUGCUUGGUGCCCUCUUGAGAUAAAAGUAUUUGGGCCGUGAGAUGAAGAGAAUGACUGAGAACGAUGGAGUGAAGGGGAAAACUGUCAGAAAGACUUUAACAAGACUGCCUUCAGGACCUCGGACAGUCCACCAUCGGGGGAAGGGGGGAGACUCUUCUUAAUAUUACAAUAAUUUCACUUUUAAUUAUUUGUUUGCAUGUUUCGAGGACAACCGUGUACAACGAUCUGAUUCUCAUCCCAAGAAAGCCACCUUUUCCACGAAGUGAAACCUUGACUCCUCGUGGCUCUGUUGGAGCUACACUAUGGUUCUGCUUGCAACAUUCGGAAAACAAUGUCUUAUUUACGCGGUUUAAUCUCAUACUUCAGUGUGUGCCUUUUUCAAUGAUUGCCAUCUAAAGUAUAUAACUAACACAUGGUACCUAUGAUGGAAAAUACCUUCCUCUUCAUUUGUGUCCUUCCAUCCUGCAGAGAUCAGCAAAUAACAGAUUUUAGUAGUUGUAUAUGAGCAGUGAUAAUGAGUGUUCCUUUAGGAGAGUCAUUUACCACUGUGUGCAAACUGUGAAUCUCUGUGCGUUUAUGCAUUUACCUACAACAGCCAGUAUGAAAUUCUGGGAAUGAAGAGUCUUCACUUCUUUCUCUCAAAUAGGAAACCGUGUAGGCUCUCUGUUCUGUUUUCCUUGGAAAGAUAAAAUAUGUUGUCAGGGUUGCAGCAUUACUUCAUAAAUGCAAGGAGAGAAGUAACAGCUUCAGGUGAUGGAAUCAUUAUUUACAAGAGCUUUGAGGACUCCUCUUGAGUCCAAAGCCGCAAAGACUAUAUUGGCUAUGAGCAUAAUCACAGCCUAACGUCUAAGAUUCUUUGUUCAGCAGUUCAGUAGUAAGGUCAUACCUCAUACAUGCUGUCUAUGUCAGUGCAAUCUAGUUAUUAUGGAGUUGAAAGUGACUGUUAGAGAUGUGAUCUGUGGCUGGCACCCUGGUGAAUGGUGGUCAGGCCUGAGAAAGGAGCAGGACUCUCCCGGUGUUACCCCUGAAGAAGGCAAAGCUGACAAGUUCCAAAUGGCCCUUUUUCCUGUACCGUAAGAUCAGUUCACGACAGAAGGUCUACCUUUGUACAGUCUUACAUGUUUGAAAGAAAUGUGAUUCACAUUCAUCUAGACAAGAGAACCAAAAGAGAGUGCUUCGAUCAAAAAUCAAGGAAAGAUUAUUUUAAUACAGGGUUUUUAUGUUAAAGAGGUGCUGUAUUUUAUUUUAUUUUUUUAGCUACUUUUGGUAUGAAGAUACAUAUUAGGUACUACAGUGGGUUUGGAAUGCUAGUAUUAGUUGGCUGAACUGGAUUGUGUGCUCCUUGGAUGCACACUUGGACCUCUUACAUUGUCUUUUUCAGUAUAAUUGGAUUCCUCUUGAACCAUUUAAUCUACCUAUCCUUUACAGUUGCAUCAUUUCAAUUCAUGGUUGAAUGUUGAAGUUUUGUCACAAGUGCUACCAAAAUGAAUGUGGUGUAUGGUAUAGAUUUUUGUUUAGAACCGCCGUACAUAAUUGGUAACUUCUAAAGAUAAAAUGAAUGUAGAUUUAAUUAAAUUGUAUCUGUUAUGUGUGGAUAUUCCCUCAAGGUUGUCAUACACUAUGUUGUUUCCUAAAAAGCACAACAUGACUAUCUGUUCAUUUGUUUAUUCGGUGUUAUCUUUUUCCAUUUCACCUCUAAAAUUGUUGCCUCAAGUAGCCUUUGUACAGUAACUUAUGUGUAUCUUAUUGUCAUUCUCUGAAACUGGCAGAGACUAUCCAUAAUUUACAGUGUUCACCGUCUCUUAAACAUCACAGUCCUUGAUUUAUACUUUGAGGUUUUACAUAUGCAAUUGUACAAUUUUUAAAAGUGGCUUUUCCCGUGUACCUUGAUGGACCUUAAAAAUCUGGCCACGGUAAAGAUGGGCAGAAAAUACCGUAAACCAUCUUUUUACCUCGUUUGGCUUUGAAAUUGACAGUUGAUUGUAAGCUCACAUGAAAAUAUCUUCAAAAUAAGAAUAAUAAUAAUGAAUUAGUGUGGCCAUAGCUGUUUAAAAUCCCACUUUGAAGGAACCCCUAUGCAAUCAUUUUAAAACCCUCAAACCUUAAUUUAAAAUAAUUAAGCCUGAGCUUCAGCAAGUGGAUUUGGCAUUGCUGUAUAUCACUGUGACUGACUGGUGUAUCGUUAACAAUUUUACAAGUGCUUAUGUAAGUCGUAGAAGCAUUGAGUGAAGAACCCCCCCCCCCCCCCCCCCCCC